UUACCCAGUGACCGUAACCUCAAUCUCCAUCUCCGUUGUUGUGCAUGAUAAACCUCUCUCUUGAUCAAGUGAGUUUGGCAUGGUGUACGGUGCCGUAGCGUGUCAGUGUUGUAGCAGUAGCCGAAGAGAAGUUUCAUAGAAGAAGAAGAAGAAGGAGAAGAAGAGAAACCUUCUGUCUUCUUGCCAUUGAAGUGUGUACAAGUGAGAUGGCCUCGAUCACAACGGGGCAUGAUCAUGAGUCCAGGCUUUUGGAAGAAGCUGCUGACCCUCAUGCUAAUAUCUACAACAACAAGGGUGGCAGCCAUGGUGGUGCUGGUGGUGCUGGUGGUUUGAGUAAGGAUAUGCGACACGGGCACGGUCGGACUGCUCACAAUAUGUCAUCGUCUUCUCUUCGGAAAAAAUCUGACCUUUCCCUUGUUUCCAAGGUUCGGUGCACCGUGCUCAGAGGCUUUCUUGCUACUCUUCAAGAGAUCUUUCUUGGCACCAAGCUUUUUGUGCUUUUUCCUGCCGUUCCCCUCGCCAUCGCCGCUCAUUAUUACCAUCUUGGUCGUGCAUGGGUUUUUGCUUUGAGUUUGCUUGGAUUGACACCGCUGGCUGAGCGUGUUAGCUUCCUCACUGAGCAAAUUGCGUUUUAUACUGGACCAACAGUGGGUGGGUUGUUGAAUGCAACAUGUGGCAAUGCAACGGAGCUUAUAAUUGCAUUGUUUGCGCUUCGCCGGGCGAAGAUUGAGGUCGUGAAGUGGUCUCUGAUGGGUUCUGUACUGUCCAACCUGCUGCUUGUUCUUGGCACUUCUCUUUUCUGUGGCGGACUUGCUAAUAUUCGGAAAGAACAACUCUUUGAUCCGAAACAAGCAGAGGUAAAUACAGGGUUGCUGUUGUUGGGUUCACUUUGCCAUGCUCUGCCCCUCAUGCUCCGGUACUCUGUCAGCUCCGAUGAGCAGGGGGCAGUGGCUGUGCCUACCUUGAUGCUUUCCCGCGUCUGUAGCAUUGUCAUGCUCAUUGCCUAUGUUGCCUACCUCUUCUUCCAGCUCAAGACUCACCGCCGUCUCUUUGAGGCCCAGGAGGAGGAUGAAACUGAUGAUUCUGUAUCUGAAGAUGCACCUGCGCUUGGUUUUGCAAGUGCCCUUGCUUGGUUGAUCGGAAUGACUGUUGUGAUUGCAAUUUUGUCUGAGUAUGUUGUUGGCACCAUUGAGGCUGCAUCUGAAUCAUGGGGUAUAUCGGUAAGCUUCAUCAGCAUUAUAUUGCUACCCAUUGUAGGAAAUGCAGCUGAACAUGCCGGUGCCAUCAUAUUUGCUUUUAAGAACAAACUGGAUAUCACUUUGGGUGUUUCAUUGGGUUCUGCAACUCAAAUAUCCAUGUUUGUGGUUCCUUUGAGUGUGAUUGUCGCAUGGAUAAUGGGUAUCCAAAUGGAUCUUGACUUCAAGCUCCUAGAGACCGGAUCUUUGAUUAUAGCAAUUCUAGCAACCUCAUUCACUCUGCAGGAUGGGACUUCACACUAUAUGAAGGGCUUUGUUCUUCUGCUCUGCUACAUUGUCAUCGGCUCGUGUUUCUUCGUUCUGAAGGCACCACCAUUAAAUGAAGCACACAGUGUGAACUCAAGCUCUGCAGUUGCACCAAAGGGAGUCAUAUCGAUCUAGCUCGCAGGUUGUCUCCUGAAGACUGCUAGCUAGUUGCAGAGGUCAAACUGACUGGAUAAGAGUAUUGUCAGUUGGAGAAUCAUGUUGACCAUGUACCUCUUUUAGUUUGGUUUGGUGGGGGUUCCUUUUCAGGUAUUGAAGGGUGGUGGUUUGGUGUGACAAUUUCUUUUUGUUUUCUUUUUAUUUUUAUUUUUUAUUUUUAUUUGGGUGGGAGAAGGAGUUGGGGAAACCAUAAUUGGUAAAGGUUAAUGGAACAUCCCUUAUAUUUCUGUAUCUUAUAUAGACUGGUUUUUAAUUUGCAUUGAAGCUUGCAGAAAGGUGUAGCCAAAUAAAUUCAAGUGCUUAUGACAUUGUUUUUCUUUAGUUA